CCAAGCCAACAGAUGGCGCCGGUGCCUGUGAGGCUGCUCUUGUCUCUCCCUCUCCCCGUGUAGAAGAAGUAGUUUGUCAGUCGCCCAGCAGUCUCCCGUGCUAGACCUCUCGGCAAGGUGUCUGCCCCGGCCACCGCCAACCGUCACACGCGGACAAGUCUGCCCCGAAAGACACCCACCCUGCCCCGGGUCUCUUGACCAAACUUCCUCCCCGGUGAUAGCAGCCUGCUGUUCUCCGCCAUGGCAACGAGCGCGAAGCGAAAGCAGGAGGAGACUCAUCUGAAGAUGCUCCGGGAAAUGACUAGCCUGCCCGCGAAUAGGAAAUGCUUCGACUGCGAUCAACGCGGCCCGACCUAUGUCAACAUGACAGUGGGCUCCUUCGUCUGUACCACCUGCUCUGGCAUCCUGCGAGGACUGAAUCCCCCACAUAGAGUGAAGUCCAUCUCUAUGACCACGUUCACACAUCAGGAAAUUGAAUUCCUACAGAAACACAGCAAUGAGGUUUGUAAACACAUCUGGUUGGGCCUCUAUGACGACAGGACAUCAGUUGUUCCAGAUUUCCGAGAACCGCAGAAAGUAAAAGAGUUCCUUCAGGAAAAAUACGAAAAGAAAAGAUGGUAUGUUCCUCCAGACCAGGCAAGGGCAGUAGGAAGUGUCCAGGCCUCUGUGUCUGGCUCCUCAGCCAGCAGCACCGGUAGCACCCCAGAAGUCCAACCUCUCAAGACCCUGCAGCUUAACAAGACCCCAAUCCGCCAGUCUCCAGGGCUUGCUCGUUCCCAGGCUCACAGCGCUGCUCAGGAGAAGAAGUUUGACUUGCUCUCUGACCUGGGAGGAGACAUCUUUGCUGCUCCACCCACUCAAACUUCCAGCUCCACCAACUUUGCCAACUUUGCACAUUUUCCAAGCCAGUCAGCACCUCAGGGUAAUUCAAAUACCAACUUUGCCAACUUUGAGGCAUUUGGAAACACUUCAAUUCCAUCCCAUCUGAGCACGUCACCCCCCUCAAAGUCCUUUUCAUCAGCAGGAGGUGUGCCAAUCCCGUCAAUGUCUAGCGCCGUACCUGCCCAGUCCCAGUCGGGGAGCCGCACAGAGGAUCGCUAUGCAGCUUUGGCUGAGUUGGACAACGAGCUCAGCACCACUGUCUCUACAGGCAGCAAUGUGCAAGGGAACAUAUUUGGACCAGUGCUCGGUUCAUCGCCAGCCCAGAAUCCACCUGUGUUACCCAGCAUGCAGCCUGGAUUUGGAGCCGUCCCAUCCACAAAUCCCUUCGUUGCUGCAGCCGUUGCCCCGGAGAUGGCUACCAACCCUUUCCAGACCAAUGGCAGAACUCCAGCUGCAGCCUCGUUUGGCACUGGCUCUAUGAGCAUGCCCGCCGGCUUUGGGAAUGCGUCUUCCUACUGCCUCCCGACCAGCUUCAGCGGAAACUUCCAGCAGCAGUUUCCAGGCCAGGCCCCCAUCCCUUACUCUCAACCUGGGGCCUACCACCCUCAGUCUAAUGGCCCUGCCUUUUCAGUUUACGGUCAGAACAAGCCCUCCAUGACACCCUUUGGGCAGCCUGUAGCUGGCCCCAGCAUGUCCAAUAAUCCGUUCAUGGCGGGAGCCCCAGCCGGAUCAUUCCCUUCAGGGGGUUCGUCCACCAACCCUUUUCUGUAGCACAGCUCCCAGCCGUGGCCACCAGAGGCCAGCAUGCAGCACAUAUUCAACAAACCCCCUGUUCCGUCAUGCAAUUAGAGGCAGUCCAUUUUUUUAAGAAAGACUUAUGUUUUUUUGUUUUUUCAUAAAAAAGUUUACAACACUAUGAAGGAGUACAAUGGACUAUAUUGAAGACUAAGGGACUGUUAUGGACGUAAAUGUACUGUUUGGACUAUAUACAAUACAUCAUAUGCUUUUUUUUAUUUUUUGUUUAUGACUGUAAGCUCUGUGCAUAUCAUCAUUUGUAAUCACAAUUAAGUACAUGUUAUGUAUAACAAGGACUGAUUUAACAAGGUUGAGUAUACACACACCUUGUGGGGAAAAAAAACCCUAACUACAAACUAUCUACAUAGGUAAGAGGGUACACCUUUUAAGAUUAUUAACAGGGUUCCAUCCAAAUCUGUGAUCUGUGGAUUGAAGCGCCCACGAUGAUGCAGGUAUUUCAUUUUUUAAAGGGAUGUGCGUUUGUUAUUUUAGCGUAACUGCUAAUAUACUGGCACCAAGGUGCAAAAUGUCCUAACUUCGAGAUCCAAGUUGCCUAUAACCAAACCCAACCCACAUCUUUUUAAAUUAGAGUAACAUCCCCAGCUGGAUGAGGAUGGGAUGCAGCAUUGAUCCUGGACUAUUUGUCAGCCUUUUAAAUAAUAUCUGUGAAAUUGUGAAAAGGAGUAGGGGUUACAUUUUGGUUUGAAACCAAGAAUAUGAGGCCAGCAGAGACUUAAGAUGUGUUAUUCCACCUGGUAAAGGGAUAGGCAUGUCUAUUAGAGCACAAAUGGAGGAAAGAGAUGAGUAGAGAAGAGCAGGCAAUAAGUUGAGUAUUUCUUUGUCCUUUUACAGUACCCUACCUAAUCUAUAAAACAUUGUUAAAGUUGUUAAAUAUACUCUCAUUAACCUCUCCUCCGGAUUAAAGAUGUCAGAGGAGAUAUUUUCAGCUAUUCACUAUAUUUUAUGAAUAUGGUAUAGACGAAAGGAAAGACUGUUGAAACUUCAGGGUUGUGUAUGUGUGUGUGUGUGUGACCCAAAAUGGGUACUCAAAACAAGUGAAGUAAUCAUUCACAUGAUUGCAGGUGACUUGUACUCUUUAAAAGGGAAUGACAGGUUUACCAGACCCUGUCUACACAAAAAAAGUACAACAUUUGAAAACAAAAUAUUUAUGCAAUGUUAUGUUGUAUUCACCAAACUCCCUCGACAUCUGUCUAUUUCUUUGCCUUCUGAUUAAAAAGCCUUUGGAGCGAAAAAACCUGAUGAGGGGAAAUAUUGAUCUUCCCUCAGUUUAAUUAGAGAUAAGGCAAAGGAAAAGAACAGAUUAAUUUAGGGACUAUCACAUUACAUGAUCUGCCUGGGUCUACUUGGGUCUCUAUUGUGCCACCAAUGACUAACAAUUUGACAAUGCGUUUCAUGUCUUUACAAGAAUAGGUAAGUAAAUGUGUACAUAUAUAAAUAUAUGUAUAAAUAAAUUAAAAGAUUUUUAACUACAA